AUGUCUGCAGAUGAAAUGAUGAAGCAAGCCAUUGCACUCUCUGUCAUCGGAGCAAGUACACUGAUUAUAUUGGGUUAUCUACGGUGGACGACGAGUAGUCCUUGGUCUCAGGAUCAGACCCCACUCCUCCAACUCUUUGAAGGGGAGGAUGAGAAGGAAUUGUAUAUCAGGCUUCAUCUCGAGACUCACCAAACAGACCAAGCAGAACAAGAGCUGCCGCUCGUGAUGGUCGCACCCCGUACGGUCAACUGGGAACAGCCAACACCUGAGGAAAGAGAUAGAGCUCUCGUCCUGUAUCACACCUCUUUGUCGGAACUGAAAUCCGUCUUGCAGGAUCAGGUAGCUACAGAAGGUAAAUCACGCGCCACUGAGUUCGAUUACAAGAUUCGUUUCUCCUCCCCAGAUGAGCGAGAAUCAAUUUUGCGGACUCUUGACUCUGAUGAGGAUGCCAUAAAUGGUCUCUUCAGUGUGAUAGUUGCAAGAGCAGUAGAAGAGAUGCUUGGGAGUGUCACAGAAAGUCUGAAGGCCCACUCAACGUCUGAUCCUGUACACACCCAGGUGGAACAUCCUAAGAACGAGCAUGGAUCAGUGGGGGAAGCAGGACAGACGAACGAUGACUGA